CCGCCCGGGAGCGCUGCCAGCGCGGCGCCGCUCGCUCGGCACUUCGCCCCGCAGCGCGCCCGGCCAGCGAAGCCCUGUUGCACCGAGUCCGGGCUAGCCGCCCCCUCCCCGGCAGCGCGGGGCGGCCCCGCCGUGCCCCGCUCCCCCGGCGGUGACGGUCCCCCCGCCUUUGUCGGGCGGGCGGCGGCGGCCGGUCCGUCCGUCAGUCCGUCCGCGCCGGGCGCGUGGCUCCUUUGUGUACAGCAGCUGCUCCUGAAUGCGGAGGCAAAGCCUGUGGCUUGGCACUGAGCUUUUAAAAAACAACAGCCCUCCCUCCCUCAUUCCCUCUCCCCUGCCCUCCCUCCUUCCCUCCCCUCCCCUCCCCUCCCCUCCUCCCGCCGAGGUGGACGGGCAUCCACCUGGGGUCCGCUGCCCACCUCUCCUCUCAUCCUACUCUCUUCUCCUCCUUGUUUACCUGCACUUUUCCGCCUCCUCUUCCCCCGCUGUCCCCGCCGCCCCCCGGCCCUCGCUCGUCCCCGCUCUCGGGCAGGCUCGGCGCCCCGCAGCUCCGCUCCCUCGGCGGUUUGCUCGUGCCCCUACCCCGGGGAAGGCACUUGAAGGUGGAUCUAUUAAACCUCCCGGCGGUCUCUCCAAGUGGACCAAAUCUCCAGCAUGGAUGUAAGAUUUUACCCGGCUGCGGCGGGCAGCGCGCUCCCCGGAGACCCCUCCAACCUGGACUUUGCCCAGUGCUUGGGUUACUACAACUACAACAAGUUUGGAAACAAUAACAACUACAUGAACAUGGCAGAGGCAAAUAAUGCAUUUCUUGCUGCAAAUGAGCAGACGUUCCAUACGCCGAGCCUUGGGGACGAGGAGUUUGAAAUCCCACCCAUUACCCCCCCGCCCGAGUCAGACCCCUCCCUGGGCAUGGCAGAUAUACUGCUCCCCUUUCAGGGCCUUGGUGACCAGCUGCCUGCACAAGGAAAUGAAUUUACGCCUCAGUUUCCCCCCCAGAGCUUGGAUCUUCCCUCUAUUACAAUAUCCCGGAAUCUCGUGGAGCAAGACGGCGUCAUCCACAGCAAUGGAUUGCAUAUGGAUCAGAGUCACACCCAAGUUUCCCAGUACCGCCAGGACCACUCUCUGAUUAUGAGAUCUAUUGUCCAUAUGACUGAUGCUGCUCAUUCGGGAAUUAUGCCUCCGUCUCAGCUCACCACCAUUAACCAGUCUCAGCUCAGUGCGCAGCUGGGACUAAAUUUAGGAGGCACUAAUUUGCCACACACUUCUCCCUCCCCUCCUGCAAGUAAAUCAGCCACUCCUUCCCCAUCUAGCUCUAUCAAUGAAGAAGAUGCAGAUGAAUCAAACAGAGCUACUGGAGAAAAAAGAGCUGCCCCAGAUUCUGGCAAGAAGCCCAAGACCCCAAAGAAGAAGAAAAAGAAAGACCCCAAUGAGCCACAAAAGCCAGUGUCAGCAUAUGCCCUUUUCUUCAGGGACACACAAGCUGCAAUUAAAGGACAGAACCCUAAUGCUACAUUUGGAGAUGUUUCAAAAAUAGUGGCAUCUAUGUGGGACAGUUUAGGAGAAGAACAAAAACAGGUAUAUAAAAGAAAAACUGAAGCUGCCAAAAAAGAAUACCUAAAGGCACUUGCUGCCUACAGAGCAAGCCUUGUUUCUAAGGCUGCUGCAGAAUCUGCUGAGGCCCAGACAAUUCGUUCUGUUCAGCAAACACUGGCAUCCACAAAUUUGUCUUCCUCCCUCAUUCUGAAUAGUUCUCUUUCUCAACACGCGACGGUAUCGGCAUCUCCCCAAACUCUUCAACAGCCCCUUUCCAGAGCAAUUGCUCCAAAACCCUUGACCAUGAGACUGCCAAUGAAUCAGAUUGUAGCUUCUGUUACCAUUGCCCCAAACAUGCCAACAAACAUUGCGGCUCCAUUGAUAAGCUCCAUGGGCACAAACAUGGUGGCUACGCCGUCUUCGUCUCAACUCAGCCCCUCCAUGCAAAGCCAGCAGCACCAGAUGCAGCAGCUCCAGCAGCAACAGAUGCAGCAGAUGCAACAGCAGCAACUACAUCAGCAUCAAAUGCAUCAGCAAAUACAACAGCAAAUGCAGCAGCAGCAUUUUCAGCACCACAUGCAGCAACAUUUGCAGCAGCAGCAGCAGCAGCAUCUCCAGCAGCAGAUGAAUCAACAGCAGAUGCAACAGCAACUGCAGCACAUACAGCUUCAGCAAAUGCAGCAGCAGCAAAUGCAGCACAUGCAGCACCAGUCCCAGCCUUCUCCUCAGCAGCACUCCCCGGGAGCCCCGCAGAUCACUUCUCCCAUCCCUGCCAUUGGGAGCCCUCAGCCAGCACCUCAGCAGCACCAGUCACAAAUACAAUCUCAGACACAGACUCAAGUAUUGUCACAGGUCAGUAUUUUCUGAAGAUAAACGAUCUUGCAACAUGGCUUUGUGUUGAUGGAGGGGUAGGGGUAAACCAUAUUUGGCUGAAAACUGUAAAUUGUUGAUGGUAGUUAUGCAGGGAUGCAUAACAGAUCAAAUGAUCCUCUAAAGUGUCUAUUAGAUAGGCAAUAAAGAACUACAAUGUAGCUGUGUAUCAUCUUUUAGCUGACUAUAAAUCAUUUUGUUUAAAAGAAAAAAUGCUGUUCUCUUUUUCAUGUGAUGCCUUUUUAAUUUAUUUAAGCUUUACCUACAAUAUGUGAAUCAACUGGCCUAAUAAAUACCUGGACCUUAUGACUGCAAAAUGGCCUUUUGGAGUUACAUGCUAUAGCCCUUCUUUCUCUAAAAAUGAGUAAUGCACUUCAAGGCAGUAUGAACUCAUGAAGCCCUUAAAGCACAGUUGUAACUACCUGUAAAAUUAUGAUUGGAUUUCAUACAAUCAUACUUGUAUGACAUGAGUUAGUUGAUGGCAUUUUUUGUCAUGAAAAAUAGAGUAAAUCACAGAUUUUUGCCAAAGCUCUUAUUUUUUUCUUUUUCUCUCCUAAAUGUCUUCAGAAAAACAAAUGCAAGUAACUGGACGUAAAUGUUUGACCCAACUUCUCACUUCAUUUCUCCAAAUAAACCUGCCAUAGUUUGUAAGAAAAUAUAUAUUGACAUUUACCCUCUUAGGUUAAUUCCAAUUACAGAACAAAUGUGAAUAUUAUAUUCUGUGUCGAAGUGAUGAGUUUCAGAUUUAAUACACUGUAUUUUUAAAAGGGAAAUGCACUUAAAUAAAACUGUUAUUACAGAAAGCUAAGAUGAGAAAUGCAAGUUAUUAAUACGCUGUAAAACCAGUAGAAUAUUUAAAUGAAACUCCACAACUGAAUAAUCAAUGUAAAUAUUUUCUUUAAAAGUUGUAAGUUUUCAUAUCAUGUGUUGUAAAGUUUUCAUAAAUGAGGCUUUAAUGUAAACACUGGUAACAUGAAUUAUUAAUUGCUACAUUGCUUAUUGUGUUUUUAUGCUGUUUUAUACUUUUUUAUGAGUUAUGAUAGCAGCAAUUAAGUUGUUUGUAUUUUGCUUAUCUAAAAUAAAUGCUUUUAUCUUGCUAUAGAAUAAACACAUUUCAGUAAAACUGAUGAGCUGUAAGUCUUUGAUAGAGAAACCAGAAAUGUUUCCUUCUGCAAAUGCUUUCUUGGACUUCUUUUAACUCCUUUGGAUUUUUAUCAAACAUUCUGGGUGAACAGUACCAAUGGGAACAGAUCAAGCACUUGGCUCUUGUACCCUCCAAGAUGCUCUGCUGCAGAGUUGUAGGCAACUUCUCUGAGGUGUCUGUGACUCCAGAGAGAGACAGCAAGUGCUGGGGUCACAGAACAGCCAUGGUGCCCUGUGCCGAUGAGCUGCAGGAACAGGGAGGUGAACCUGUCUCUCAGCUGUAAUGUUCAGAGAUGGAAAUCAGCAGAAAUUGUUUCUUUGUAUCCGAGAGUUCCAGAUGUAAACACAGCUACUGCUGUGGGCUUCCCUCUGUAAGCCUCCAGCUCCUGACUUGGGCUGCUCCUGAGCUGUCUGACUUUUAUUUUCUCAUUAAGGCAGAAUGGGAUGGAGUGGGGAGGAUGGAGGGGGCAGGUCUUUCAUAUGAAGGCUUUGGAAACAUUAACAUCCAGUGUGUUGUCAGGUUAUUAGUGCUGUUCCUAUAUUUUUGCUCUGAACAGAAAGAUGAGAGCCUCUAUUUUCUCGUUUCCCUUCUUCUCCUGCAGUAUCUGUGCUGUGAGUGCAGUCUGACCACUAUCCCCAGUUGUCUGGCAUGAUUAAUUACAGCAUCUGUCCUGUCAGAAGCUAUAAUGAAGAGGUCUUGAUAAAAAUUGCAAAUUACCACUGGCAACAAUCUUAAACUGCUUAUGAUAAAAUGAAAAUUAAAAACAGCAAGUGUCAAGCCUGAGCAGAAUCCUAAUCCUGUUUGAGGCAUGGCUACCAUGCUCAGAGCACAACCCAAAAAUAAUGCAAUAGAGAUCCCAAAAAAGUUGCAGCCAGACUUGAGGGAAGAGGUACUACACCAUGUGAGUUUCUUCAUAACGAAUUCAUCUUUCAAUAUUUCAUCAUCCUCAGGUACCCUGCUUAUUAUGUACAAAUAUUGAACAGCAAGAGAUUCUAAUUAUAAAUUUAUAGAUUUCUUGGAGCAGAAAAAAAUCAUAUAUAAAUUGAAGCUUUUCAUAAUAGGUGUUAGUUGACAGCUACCCAUGCUCCUAAUAGCCUUAGCGUGAUAUCUAAUAAUGCCUGGGAUGGAGGGUGUUUAUUCCAAGUGCAAGGAAGCCUGUCUGCAUUAGAAAUGGCACGACAGAGGCUGGUUGGGAGAGAUUUCGUGUGUGUCAGUUUUAACCAAUGUUACGUAACAAAGGAAACCAUUUUAUAGUCAUUUUUGAAACCUUUAGACAAAUGUCUUCAGAAAUAAUUGCUAAACUGCAUGUGACAGUAAUUGUGUAUUAGUUCUGUAAUUGUCAUUUUGAAGACCUAUGAAGUAUCGUUGGAAAAAUGUCACAAGUGAUAAGAGUUAAUUACAACUGAAGUCUGUUUUCAACUAUUUGCAGCGAGAAGCAGGUGUUAUUACACUCAUUAAAUGGUUUCAUAAAUCCCGGGUUUUAUCACAUUUGAUUAAGAGCUGCUGAACUACUGAUGUUCAAUU